AUGCCAGAUGGUGCGCGGAUAGCUGUAGAAUGCAAUCAUCUUGGCCAGCCUAUUGGGGACGAAGGUGGAGUCCUGGGGAAAUUUCUUGGCACAAUAGCUAGACUUGAGGGCUAUUGUCCACUUGACAAAAAGGACUGGCGUAACGUCAAGAAGGAUGGUGGGGCUGACACAAUACUUCAGUGUGUACAGACAAAGUUCUUGUACCCUGCUAAGUGUGACAAGUGGAUACUAAAAACUACCGGCCGAGAUUGGAGAAGAUUCAAGGCUGGUCUGAAGAAAAAUUUCUUUAAUGCAAACAAGAAAAGAAAAUCUUUGUAUAAGCUUUGUCCAGAAUAUGUGGAUAGUGACCAAUGGCGUGAACUUCUCAAAUUUUGGAAGUCUAAGGAAGGAAGGGCAGUAAGUGAGAAGAACAAAAUAAGUCGUACAAAGGUGAAGACAAGUCAUACAGCAGGGACAAAGAGUUUUGCUCGUUGGGCUGAGGACCUUCGUCAAGAGGACCCUGAGAAGAAACAACCACAUAGAGCGAAGGUUUAUUUAGCGACUCAUAGAAAACCAAAAAAGGCCAAAGAUAAAAAUAAGCUUGUGGUUGAGUUGGAAAAGGUAAUUAAAGAACAACCAGAGUUGGCACAAAGUGACCAGGGAAGAGUUGCAUGGAAAGGUGAUGCCUUGGACAAAGUUUUGGGGAAUGAAAAGCCUGGACAAGUACAUGGAAUGGGCUUGCUUCCUGUUCCUAACCAAGUUUAUGGUCGAAAACCUCGUUAUCUCAAGAACAUCAAUGUGACCACAACAGAUGGUUCAUCACAUGAUGUAGAGGCUGAUGCUAGGGAGGAAAUAGCAAAGUUGAAGCAACGCAUAGAACAGCAAGACCAAAUCAUUGAUGCAUUAAGAAACAAAGAUGACAUGCGUGGGACGAACGAAAUGGCAACGGAAAAUUUUCAAACCGUAGGUAAUGGUGAAUCUAUCCAGAAGUACUACAUAAUAAUAAAAGAAAGAGAGUUCAUGCAAAUGGACCUGAUGCAGAACACAUAG